GCCUUUUUCCGGCUAAUCACGGUCCGAGGCACGGUUUAAUCCACAGCCAGCAGCCAGCGGCGUCAUUUGUCCGGAGCUAAUCAGCCGGGCUAAUGCCAGAUUACGGAGCGUAAUAGGCCUACUGCCGCCUAGCUACUAGGUAGGCCAUCAUGACAGGCAGCCGCCGCGUCCGGGAGAAUCCGCGUCGCGCACCUAUAUAUAUAUAUACCAGCCGCCUCGCCGGAGAGCGGCAAGGAGCUAGCCAAGCCGAGCCAAGCCAAGGGCGUCUGAUCUAAUCUCAUCGGAGGAAAGCGGAGCGCCGCAGCCGACGAUGGCGCGCGGCAAGGUCGCCAUGAGGCUCGUCGAGAACGCGGGGGAGCGCGCCAGGAAGCACGCCAAGAGGGUCCCGGGGCUCAAGAAGAAGGCGUCGGAGCUCGCCACGCUCUGCGGGGUCCCGGUCGGGCUCGUCUGCGCCGGCGCUCGCGCCGGGGCUCCGCCGCUCGUCUGGGAGUCGGAGGAGGGCGUGCUCGAGCGGUACCGCCGCGCCGUCCCGCCGGAGGCCCGCGCGGGGCACACGCACCGGGCCUACCUCGAGGCGGAGCUGGGCAAGCGGAGGGCCAAGCUCGCCAGGGCGCGCCACGGCUGCCCCGCCGCGCUCCCGGACUGGGACGAGGCGCUCAACGACAUGACGCUGGACGACGCGCGGGCGCUGCUCCGGGCCAUCGACGCGGCGCUGCUGGCCACGGGAGACAGGAUGGUGGCGCUGGGCUUGCCUGCCGACGGCGGCCACAGCGCGCUUGAUCAGCAGGUCACGCCGGACUCUUCCAACGACGCCGUCAUGCCGCAGCAGAUCGGGCACGGUGGCGGCGUGCCCUGGACCGGAGGCGACCCCGUGGACAUGGCGGACGCCGCCGGCUUCCAGCAGCUGCAGAUGGUGCCGUACGACGGCGGGAACAACGACGACCUACUCGAGCAAUUCCCACGGGAACAUGGCUUCCAGAUGCAACCAGGAGGAUGCGGCGGCUUCCAAUUCGCCAGCGGCAACUACUCGGGCGGCUGCGACGGGAUGCUCACUCUGGGCCCCGCCAAUGCUGGCUGCAACUACUCAGGCGGCGGCGACGGGAUGCUCGCGCCAGGCUUCGCCAGUGCUGUCUGCAACUACUCGGGCGGCGGCGGCCAGAUGCUCGCGCCGGGCUUCGGCAACGCGGACUACAAGUGGCCUGAUCUUACCAUGUGGCACACCAACGAGAUGUGCGACGCGGCCAUGCCACCUGGGUACUACCCUGGCUUCGCCGACGGCACUCUGGCGCCUCAGCACUACUCCGCCGAGGUCGCCACCGGCGGCGACUACGUGAGCACACUGCCAUCUGGGUACGGCUACCCCAUGGGCAUGAGCGUGGGCGACGACAACUUCACCAAUCUGGGGAGCAACUACACGGCGGCGCAUUGGCAGGCCGAGGCGUUCCAGCGCUCCGACGCCAGCGCCAGCGCCAGCACCAGCACCAGCACCGGGGAGCUGCCGUCAGCUGCAUCAUCGCGUCAUUAUCUCUACUAGACGGCGUCCAGGAGGAAGAACUAGGGGGUAAAAUGCAGUCGAAGGUUCGUAGCUAGCUAGGAUAUCUGUAUUAGGUCCAUGAUUUCUCAAACAUUUGUAGUGAGAGUUUUGCCGAUUUUUA